AUGGCUCUUGCAACUGCUGCAGCCGCUGCAGCCGGUGGAUGGGCCGCAGCGGCCUACCUCGAUGCCAAGUUCCAUAUUCGAAAGGACCUGGAUGUCCUCCGCAGGCUGAGACAGGGUGCGAAAGAGUAUGCACAGCUUGUCAAGGAGGACAAAGUCUGCUUCUUCUACGCUUUUGAAGAGCAAUGCAAAAAGAGCUGGAACAAUCGCGCUCUCUGGUCGAGAGAAGGGGGCAUCUACACCUUUGGUCAGUUUUACGAGGAGGUCCUCCGAUAUGCGCAGUGGCUGCUCGAGGAGGGUAUCAAGCCUGGCGAAUUGGUGGCCAUGUACAUGAUCAAUUCGCCGCAUUUCUUUGUGACCUGGUUCGCUUGCUCGGCUGUCGGUGCGGCGCCAGCAUUCAUCAACUACAAUCUCGAGGGGAAAGCGUUGAUGCACUGCUUGGAUGUGUGUGAGACAAGACUCUUGAUUGUCGACGCAGACGCAGCCUGCCAGAGGAGGAUCAAUCAGAGUCGGGGAGACAUUGAAGCCAGAGGCACCAAAAUCGCGGUUCUCGACAACACUUUAAAGCAGAAGAUUGCAGCGAAACCCGCCCAGAGACCGGCCGAUGACCUUCGCAAGGGCACGAAAGGCAGCUUCCCUUAUUGCCUGAUCUAUACCAGCGGAACCACAGGUCUUCCCAAAGGUUGUGCAUUCACACUGCAACGGGUAUACAUGGCGUGUGGUCACUCGAUGCCGCUCUGUGGAGGCAUCCCUGGCAAGGACCACUGGUUCAAUUCCAUGCCGUUAUAUCAUGGCACAGGGUCAAUCACAACCUCGUGUGCCCUGCUACAGGGUCUGGGGGUUGCUCUCGCACCGAAAUUCUCCGUGUCACGGUUCUGGAACGACAUUCAUGACUCCGGGUCUACAUUCUUUGUGUAUGUUGGUGAAACAGCACGAUAUCUGCUCAACGCGCCACCCCACCCGCUGGAGCGAGCACACAAGCUCCGAUGUGCCUACGGCAAUGGCCUGAGACCUGAUGUGUGGGAAAAGUUCCAAACACGCUUCAACAUCCCUGAAAUCGGCGAGUUCUUCAAUUCCACCGAAGGCAUGUUCAGUCUGCUCAACUAUGACAAGGGGCCAUAUCUGAGAGCAUGUGUCGGCCACCACGGGUUGAUUCUCCGAACGAUGCUUCGCAAUGUCUAUAUCCCGGUCCGGAUCGACCACGAAACGGGCGACAUCUGGCGGGAUCCCAAGACAGGCUUUGCCAAGCGAACGCCGUACGAAGAAGGGGGCGAAAUCCUGGUCGCUGUACCCAACAAACAGGCGUUCCAGGGGUAUUGGAGAUCCGAGGCUGCCACCGACAAGAAAUUCUGCACCGACGUGUUCAAGAAGGGGGACAUUUACUAUCGGUCUGGUGAUGCGUUGAGGCGUGAAUCGGACGGACGAUGGCACUUCCUGGACCGCCUGGGCGACACAUUCCGGUGGAAGUCAGAGAAUGUUUCGACGGCCGAGGUGGCUUUAACGAUAGGCCAGUAUCCUGGCAUUGCCGAAGCCAACGUGUACGGUGUUCUAGUACCGAACCACGAGGGCCGAGCAGGCUGCGCGGCCAUCCACCUCGAUCCCAAUUACACGGGGCCGCCGGUCGACUACAACGACCUGCUGAAGUUCAUGCGUGGACGACUGCCCCGGUACGCGGUGCCGGUGUUCCUACGCAUCGUCAAGGCGAGCACGCACAUCCACAACCACAAGCAGAACAAGGUGCCGUUGCGCAAGGAAGGCGUCGAUCCCAACGCGGUCGGCAGGGAAGUGCCCGAGGGCAAGGACGACGUGUUCCUGUGGGUGACGCCCAAGGCGGACGAGUACGUGCCGUUUACGCCACAGGAUUGGGAGAAGUUGGUGAGUGGCCAUGCCAGGUUAUAA